AUUUGGACUCACUGGGAGAAGGGAUUAACUAGAAUUCUCAUUGGAAGAAAUGACAGGAAAGCUCCCUCCAAUUUCUCAAUUUCCACCCCGCCUGGUACCUGGUUUUAUGAUUCCACACCCUCCUGAUCCAUCCUGCCCUCCUAAUACAUCCCACUCUCAUAAGCCAUCCUACUCUUGUGCCCACAAAUCCCUCCCUCUUCUUCAAUCUGCCAAGCCCCUUCCUCCUCUCCAGAAGCAUGUGGAUUUUUCAGUUUUCUGCCCUAACUGUUAUCCCACUGUGGCUCAUACCUGCCCUCCCCACUACCCUACCCUAAUACUCUACCUGCCCUGCUCUUCUGCUAUUAGUUACAAACCAUCCAUUUGUCAUUGCUCUGGUCCCAGAACUCUUUCUGGAAACUCCCCUAUCCAUCACCCUAGCCCUCCUCCUAGCCCUACUGGUCAACUUUGGGGUCCCAGAACUCUUCGCUGUGAUUCCCCAAUCUGUUCCCCUAUUCCUCCUCCUAGCCCUCCUUGCCAACACUCUGGUCCCAGAACUCUUUUCUGUGACUCCCCUAUCUGUCCCCCUACUCCUCCUCCUAGCCCUGCUUGCAAACACUGUCGUCCCAGAGCUGUUUCCUGGGAUGCCUCUACCUAUGCCUCUACCCCUCCUCCUUAGCCCUACUUCUUUCUAGUCCCCAGCCCCAGCCCCGCCAUCUCCACCAGACCUGACAGUUCACAAAUCUCAUCUUGGAGAUGGUUUCCCUGCUCCUGGGGCAGUUCU